AUGCCCGAAACCAAUAUGAUGCUUUUCCUUCAAGGUUUAUGGCUAUGCCUUGGCCUCGCUGUCUUUUAUGGUCUAUAUCGUGGCAUCUACAACAGAUAUUUCCAUCCUCUACGGCAUUUUCCAGGCCCCUUUUGGGGCUCCGUCUCCGACUUUUUCAAGUUGUGGAUACUGCAUACAAAGCAAGCUCACACUCUGGGUCUCAAAUACCAUGAGAAAUAUGGGCCGGUGGUGAGAGCCGCGCCCAACUUGCUGGCCGUGAACGAUCCGCUGCUUCUACCCCAAAUCUAUCACCGGCGGGUGGACAAGACAGACGUCUAUACAACGGGCGUGUUGGGCGAACUGGCUCCUCCGUUCCAGACUAUCAAGCAUGAAGACCAUGCUGCAAAGAGAAAGCGUGUUGCCAACUCGUUCACACUUACCAAUCUAAAGCCUCUUGAGGGGCAGAUUGAUGCUCGAGUCGUCCAGUGGACCUCUGUGUUGAACGAAAAAUUCGCCCAGACAGGCGAGAAGAUGGAUUUCGCGCAGUGGUCCCAAUGGUUUGCGUAUGACACUAUUUGCCAGCUCUCAUUUGGCGAACCUUUAGGCUUCGUGAAAGAGGGGCGGGACAUUGAGGACCUGAUCGGCAACUUCCAUGACAUGGCGCCGUUCGCCGCUGUCGUUGGCGCGCUGCCAUGGCUUGCAAGACCACUCCUCGAGAAUCCACUCACCCGCCGCUUUGCCAUGCCCAAACCUGGAGAUGGUAGUGGGACUGGGAAAAUUAUGGCGUUUAGAGACAAGCUUCUCGAACAGCGACUUGAAGACCCCAAAGCCUCUCAAAGAGGUGACUUUCUUGACAACAUACUCGCCUCCAAGAAUGCCGAUGGUAGCCCAAUCACGCUCGAUGAAGUGAAGACAGAAUGCUUUGUGCUCAUGGUUGCUGCAUCUGACACCACAGCUGCUUUCUUCUGUGGCUUCGUCCGAUACGUCGUGCAAACACCAGGAGUCUACGAGAAGCUCGUUGCUGAAAUCGACGAUUUCGACCGACGUGGCUUGCUCAACCAACCAGUUCCACUCUUCGAGCAGGUCAAACAGAUGCCUUACUUUAAAGCAUGCCAUUUGGAGGUUACUCGAUUCUACCCUUCCACCCCAAUGAUCAUCCCCAGAUAUGUGUCCGAAGGCGGGAUGGACUUAUAUGGCGUGCAUGCACCUGCCGGGGCCGAGAUCGGUGCCAACCCAUACGUGAUCCAGCGAGACAAGAAAAUGUUCGGCGAAGACGCUGAUGUGUUUCGCCCUGAGCGAUGGCUGGAGGAUGAGGCGAGAGCGGUGCAUAUGGAGAAGCAUAUCCUUACCUGGGGCUACGGGACGAGAAUCUGUCUUGGCAAGAAUAUCGCGCUGAUGGAGACGUACAAGCUCAUGAGUCAAGUAAACAUUGUCUACAAUGCUCCUUCCGUGGCGUUGGCUAAUCCAUGCCGACAGUUUUUCCGAGUCUUCAAACCGAGCAUCUACGACAACAACAAUGUGUGGAGGGCGGAUAACCUGGCUCUACUGGUCCAUUGGGACAUGUGGAUCAAUAUCCAAGCGCGAGAAUCCAAGGUUGAGGAGAAAAUAGCGAGUUAG